AUGUACUUCGAGUACAAUCAAUUACUCAAGAUUUUUAUUGUAAUUGUGUUAGAACAGAUCUCAAUUUGUAAAUUCAGGAUGUGUCCAAGAACGGUUAUUCUGAAUUGCAGAAAUGUAGGCAACGUGAAGCCUGCAUGGGGUAAUGAUUUAUCAAACUUGUAUUAUCAAGAAGAUGUCAAACGAAGGGCACCUUGCUUUGCACUGACGCAAACCUGGCCUUUCCCAAGGAGAUAUAGAAAGCGCCUCUCCUGCGAAGCCAAACGCAUAGCAGGCUUCGCUCUCUACCGCUUCUGUCCGUUGCGCGUGUUAGACAUGGAUUGCGGUGCCCCCAAGGAAAUGAAUAAACAGCCGGCCAACAUCUUGGAGGCGGCGGCGGUACUAGGCCUUUCGGAUGGUCGGUGCGCGCCCAGGACCAGCCCGGAGCACGAGCUGCCCACAGCCCCCGCCGCGCCGCUGCCACGUGUGCCCAGGUCGGCUUCCACCGGCACCCAAAGAUUCCAGUCCACGGAAGCGCAAGCCUGUGAGGCUGAACGGUCUGGAGUCGGGUCGUGCAAACUCAGUAGCUCGCGAAUGCCUGCGGCCUCGGCUGCUUUGCCAGACUUGAGCGAAGCGCACAGCACGCCACCGGUUCCCGCUUUGGUGGGCGCCGGACCAGGCAACGCGCUGCACUGUAAGAUCCCGGCACUGCGCAGCCCGGAAGGGGAUCUGAACGUGAGUGUGGGCAAGGGCACUCUGGAGCGGAACAACACUCCAGCUGUGGGCUGGGUGAACAUGAGCCAAAGCACCGUGGUGCUGGGCACGGAUGGAAUCGCCUCGGUGCUCCCGGGAAACGUGGCCACUACGGACACCCAGGAGGACGAGCAAGGGGAUGAGAAUAAGGCCCGAGGGAACUGGUCCAGCAAACUGGACUUCAUCCUGUCCAUGGUGGGGUAUGCAGUGGGGCUGGGCAAUGUCUGGAGGUUUCCCUACCUGGCCUUCCAGAACGGGGGAGGUGCUUUUCUCAUUCCUUACCUGAUGAUGUUAGCUCUGGCUGGGUUGCCGAUCUUCUUCCUAGAGGUAUCACUGGGCCAGUUUGCCAGUCAAGGGCCAGUGUCUGUGUGGAAGGCCAUCCCAGCCCUACAAGGUUGUGGUAUCGCAAUGCUGAUCAUCUCGGUCCUUAUAGCCAUAUAUUACAAUGUGAUCAUUUGCUACACACUUUUCUACCUGUUUGCCUCCUUUGUGUCUGUGCUGCCCUGGGGCUCCUGCAAUAACCCCUGGAACACACCAGAAUGCAAAGAUAAAACCAAACUUUUAUUAGAUUCCUGUGUUAUCAGUGACCAUCCCAAAAUACAGAUCAAGAACUCAACGUUCUGCAUGACUGCCUAUCCCAACUUGACCAUGGUGAACUUCACCAGCCAAGCCAACAAAACGUUCGUUAGUGGGAGUGAAGAAUACUUCAAGUACUUUGUGCUGAAGAUUUCUGCAGGCAUUGAAUAUCCUGGAGAGAUCAGGUGGCCACUAGCCUUCUGCCUCUUCCUGGCUUGGGUAAUUGUGUACGCAUCCCUGGCUAAAGGAAUCAAGACUUCAGGAAAAGUGGUGUACUUCACAGCCACGUUUCCAUAUGUCGUGCUCGUGAUACUCCUCAUCCGCGGAGUCACUCUGCCUGGAGCUGGAGCUGGGAUCUGGUACUUCAUCACACCCAAGUGGGAGAAACUCACGGAUGCCACGGUAUGGAAAGAUGCGGCCACGCAGAUUUUCUUCUCUUUAUCUGCUGCCUGGGGAGGUCUGAUCACUCUUUCUUCUUACAACAAAUUCCAUAACAACUGUUACAGGGACACUCUGAUUGUAACCUGCACCAACAGUGCCACGAGCAUUUUUGCUGGCUUUGUCAUCUUCUCCGUUAUUGGCUUCAUGGCCAACGAGCGCAAAGUGAACAUUGAGAACGUGGCAGACCAAGGGCCAGGCAUUGCAUUUGUGGUUUACCCAGAGGCCUUAACCAGGCUGCCCCUCUCUCCAUUCUGGGCCAUCAUCUUUUUCCUGAUGCUCCUCACUCUUGGACUUGACACUAUGUUUGCCACCAUUGAGACCAUAGUGACCUCCAUCUCAGAUGAGUUCCCCAAGUACCUACGCACACACAAGCCGGUCUUUACUCUGGGCUGUUGCAUUUGCUUCUUCAUCAUGGGAUUUCCAAUGAUCACACAGGGUGGAAUUUACAUGUUUCAGCUUGUGGACACCUAUGCUGCCUCCUAUGCCCUUGUCAUCAUUGCUAUUUUCGAGCUUGUGGGAAUCUCCUAUGUGUACGGCUUGCAAAGAUUCUGUGAAGACAUAGAGAUGAUGAUUGGAUUCCAGCCCAACAUUUUCUGGAAAGUCUGCUGGGCGUUUGUAACGCCGACCAUUCUGACAUUCAUCCUCUGCUUCAGCUUUUACCAGUGGGAACCCAUGACCUAUGGCUCUUACCGUUACCCAAACUGGUCCAUGGUGCUCGGAUGGCUCAUGCUCGCCUGUUCUGUUAUCUGGAUUCCGAUUAUGUUUGUGAUAAAAAUGCAUCUGGCUCCUGGCAGAUUUAUUGAGAGGCUGAAGUUGGUGUGCUCGCCACAGCCGGACUGGGGGCCGUUCUUAGCUCAACACCGUGGGGAACGUUACAAGAACAUGAUCGACCCCUUGGGAACCUCUUCCCUGGGACUCAAACUGCCAGUGAAAGAUUUGGAACUGGGUACCCAAUGCUAG